GGUGGAUCUGAAUUGAUAAAUCCGUUCCCGACAAACUCCGCCGCGGGUCCGAUGGGCCGACAGCUACAACUUCUCUUCCUCGUUUAUCAUAUGCCUCGUCAUGAUCUUCCUAUAAUUUCAACUCCACAUAGUAGAGUCUAUCCCAAGCAGUUUUACAAGUGCUACCAUCUCAUUAAGGCCCUACAAUGGCGGCCGACGCCCAUCGGACCCGCCCCACGCAAGCGUGCCUCAGCUGCAAGACUCGUAAGAAGAAAUGCGACAAGGGUUUUCCUUCAUGUAGCUAUUGUAUACUGAAAGGUCUUAGUUGCUGCUACGUUCCAGUUCCUCGCCGACGUGUUUAUGCCACCCGGAACACCGACGGCUCAUGGCAUCCAUCGGCAAUACACCGUGAGACAGUUGGCGAUCUGGCGCCACCCAGCACGAUUCUUCCGGGGCCUGUGAAUAAAAGGACCACUUUAUACCGUCCAGUGUUUGAGUGCCUGGACGGCGUUCACAUCGAGGUCCAAAAAAUCAUUCGUUCGACUGGCAAAUUUGUGGAUGACCUUACGGCUCGCUAUUUCCGGGACUUCCACGGCCAUCUCCCCAUCAUUUCCCGUACGCGCUUCCAGAGCAACCUCAUCGCGACGGGAGCAUCCCCUAGUGCUGACUCUUCGGUUUUGCUUCUAACUAUCUGCUUAAUUGCAUACCUCCCAAGCUCUGACCGGCCUCCACGAGAAGGAGACAAACCUAAUAUCGACCGACAGUCUCUGUAUCUCGCCACAAAGGCACUCCUCGCACAGGUCCAGGGAUAUUUGCAGCAGCCUUCGAUCCGUCUGAUACAGGCUAGCCUCUUGCUAGCUACAUAUGAAUAUGCAAACGGGAGGCCAGAAGUCGCAUUGGUCACGAUUGCGGGCUGUGCGCGAAUGGCCUAUGCUGCUCGUAUCCACAACAGCAGACGCCAUAACAUGGAUGGUGGCUCCAGGCUAGAAGUCGAAGAAGCUGGAAACACGUGGUGGGGCAUUGUCAUCUCCGAACGAGCCUUUAUUUGUGAUGCAGGUGACUUUGGGCCACCAAUGGCUACUAUUUUACCUUCCGGGGACACUCGGCUACCAAUCGACCGCGAUAUACUUGAUCGGGAGGAUCUUCUUAGUCCAGAUUCUAUACCCGAUAUUCCCGUCUCAUGUUUAACCUCAACAAGCGUUGGUGGCUUCGGCCGCGCAGCUCAAGCAUCUUGCCUCUUGGACCAAGUAUUAAGAGGCUUGGUCAUACCAGAUCUUAACAGCAGGCUGCCUCUGCUUGAAAGUCUGGACAGGACUACCCAGUCAUUUCUAGCCCUUAUUUUAACCCAUAGCCCAGAUAAAGCGUGGUCUUAUUGCACAGCGCUAGCAGUGGCAGUCAGAGCAUUGUUCACGCUACAUGGGCACGUCUUUAACAUACCACAACAGGUCAUUUCUGCCAAUCUGAGAUCCCUGGAGGAAUGGAAGAAGAGUUCGCUAGCGGCACUCGAUACAGCUACGACGAUGGUUAUCGAUAUGGCGAAAUGGCAUUACAGUAGUCUACCUUCAGAUGGGACCAAUGAUACAUCUCCGAUUCACAUCUAUGUAGUGCGUGCUUCGAUGGAGCAUAUGCGUCUUCGACCAUAUGAUGGAGACCGUCCUUGGUCAGAGAGCGCUGUAAACGAACUCCAGCUCUAUCUGGACAAACUUCGGCACCAAUGGGUUGCUUCUCAUGACUGAGACCUAGAAUGAUACCUAGCUGGUAACCCCUACUAGAUGGUGAGCUGCUAGCUUCCAACAGAUUUAGAUUCAAGUUCUAGGGCCUGAGUGAUAGAUG